AUGGGAACACGGGAGGCUAGCCAUGCCGGGUCCUGGUACGAUGAUGACGCCGCUGAGCUAUCCGCUCAGCUCGACAAGUUUCUAGGCAGUGUGCCAGCAACGGUGGAUGGCAGCAGCCUCCCAGUCCCCGGUGCGAGAGUCAUAAUCGCUCCCCACGCUGGGUAUUCGUAUUCAGGGCCUUGCGCCGCUUGGGCUUACAAGGCGCUCGAUCUCAGCGCUGCGAAACGAGUCUUCGUCCUCGGGCCCUCUCACACCUACUACCUACGCGGUUGUGCCCUCACGAUAUUCGACAAGUACGCAACUCCGUUCGGAGACCUGGUUGUGGACAAAGCCACCACUUCGGAGCUUAGGCAGACGGGUCGCUUCUCGGACAUGCCACCUCGUAAGGACGUGGACGAACAUUCUCUGGAGAUGCAUAUCCCAUACCUGUGGAAGAGGCUCGAGCAGACCUUCGAUGGUGACAGCAGCAAGUUCCCGCCCAUCGUUCCCAUUCUCGUUGGCGACGGAUCCGAAGACGAGGAAAGGUCGUUUGGCAAUCUUCUCGCACCGUACCUCAAGGACCCGGAAACCGCCUGGAUCGUCUCGUCUGAUUUUUGCCACUGGGGCCUGCGGUUUAGUUACCGGCCGGAAUAUCACGACGGCUCGAUUCGAGAUUUGGAUGCACCGAGGGCGAGGGGUUCAAGACCCGAGUUUCUGCGGGUCCGGCCAGACUGGGGCCAGGUGGCCGCGGAUCCUGAGAGUCCCGAGAUUCACGAGGUCAUCAAGGUGCUGGAUCAGAUGGCCAUGGAUGCGGUCCAGUCUGGUGCGCACCACGAAUUCUACAAAGUGCUGGCCGACACCAACAAUACCGUCUGCGGACGGCAUCCCAUCGGGGUUGUCAUGGCGGCGAUGGAAGCGCUAGCGAACGGUGGACAAGAGGAUGGGAAAUGCAGGUUUAAGUUCAUCCAGUACCAAAGGAGCAAUUUAGUAAAAAAGCCGUGGGACUUUAGUGUGAGUUAUGCCUCGGCCUAUGCCGUCGUCUGA